CCUCUUGUAAUGUCUUGACCAUCCAUCAUGCCUCGUCCUCAAUCGGAACAUCAGGCAUGGCACAGGGGUCAAAAGACUUCAGAGUAUCAAGGCGAUGGAGGGGAAGAAGAUGAGGAGUCAUAUCGACCGCCGCCGCUGGCACCUUCGGCUACACUCGAGAGACCGCCUGAUUGUAUCAAUCGAAACCCCACUCCGGCUUUCUCCUUGUUAUGCACCGUCAUGGAUCGACUGAGAACUGAGGAACCGAGUAGAAGGAGGGAUACACUUAGUCGCUUCAUGUCCAUAUGGAGAGCCAAAGUGGGCAAUGAUCUGUAUCCAUUGAUCAGACUCUUGUUACCCGACAGAGACCGCGAACGUCCCGUGUACAAUCUGAAGGAAGCGAUGUUGGCGAAGUGCUACAUCGAAGUGCUUGGCGUCGACAAGCACAGCGAGACAGCUCAACGCUUGAUCAAGUGGAAGCAGCCCGUUGACGGACAGGCAGAGUCUUACUCCGGAGAUUUUGCGAGGGUCUGUUAUCACGAGAUCGCAGCCCGAUCGACUGUCGAAGAGGGGCAAUUGACGAUAGACGCUGUGAACGCCUUGUUGGACAAACUUGCAGCCGGCCGGUUGAAACAACAAGAAUAUGUCCCAGUUCUCCGUAAGAUCAAUCAACAAUGCACCCCCGUAGAGCAGGAAUGGAUCAUACGAAUCAUUUUGAAAGAUCUGCGAAUAUCCAUAAGGGAGAAAGGAGUCUUCUCUUGCUUUCAUCCAGAUGCAGGGGACCUGUUCAACGUCUGUUCUGACCUCAAACGCGUGUGUUGGACGUUGUACCGCCCAGAUAUCAGGCUUGAAAAGCAUCAAACCAACAUUGAGCUCUUCCGAUGCUUUCUUCCCCAGCUAUGCUACCGCUCACCGUCAUCAUCGCACGAAGCCAUCUCGAAACUCGUGGGUGCUCCGCAUAAGGAAUUCAUUAUGGAGGAGAAGCUCGACGGGGAGCGCAUACAACUGCACAUGCGAAAUUCCGGGGCUCAGUGGUUCUAUUGCUCCAGAAAAGCCAAGGAUUACACAUAUCUGUACGGAGCGCAUGCUGGCGAAGGGAGUCUGACUCAAUAUAUUGCUGAAUGCUUCGACGAGAACAUCCGCAACAUCAUCCUCGACGGGGAAAUGCUGGUCUGGGAUCCUGUUCUGGAGAAAUAUCUGGCCUUUGGAACUCUGAAGACUGCAGCUUCCGACAAACGAAAUGAUGAAGACGCUCCGCGGCCUUGUUUCAAAGUCUUCGAUAUUCUAUAUCUCAACGACAAAUGCUUGACAUCGAAGCGUUUAUCGGAAAGGAAACGACUACUACACUCGGGGCGUAUCUUCAAAAACAUUGAGCAAUUUAAAGGUCGCAUUGAAUUUGCUGAGGAAAGACGCGGAAAGAACGGUAAAGACAUCCGAGAAAUGUUAGAGAGGAUAUUAGAGACCAAAGGCGAAGGAUUGGUAGUGAAGAAUAUUGACAGCGUCUACCGGACGAAUUCUCGAGAUUCCGACUGGGUCAAGGUCAAGCCGGAAUAUUCUGACCAGAUGGGGGAGAACCUCGAUCUCCUAGUCUUAGGAGGAUGGUGGGGCAAAGGUGGUCGAACUGGUAAAAUCUCCAGUUUGUUGUGCGGAUUGCGAAAUCAGACGGAAGACGAUGGAGUAUCACCUUUUCCCGAGUUCACGACUUUUGUCAAAAUCGGGUCUGGGAUGAGCUACGAGGACUACCAGUGGAUCUUGACGAAGCAUAAAGAUCACUGGAAGCCGUUCAGUCGAGACAAAAUCCCACCAUGGCUCCACCUUGGACCGUCUGGUCUGGAUGACAAGCCUGAUGUCUAUAUUGAACCGCCGAACUCUUUCGUGGUUGAGGUCAAGGCUUCGGAAAUCGUACCCGCGGCCGGCAACUUUGGUGUCAACUACACAAUGCGAUUCCCCCGAUGCCGCUUCAUCUACUGGGACAAAGCCAGUCGAGAUGCAGGACACGAUGACGCUCAGGAUCGAGACAUGUGGAAUUGCCUGAGUGUCGAUGAGUUCAUGACACUGUUGAACGCGCCAUCCAAACGCUAUGCGGACGACGAAGCAGGUUCGACGAGGCGGAAGAAGCGCAAAGUGGCCCCAAAGAAGAAGGUCGAACUCAUCAAAAGUGCCCGCGGACAGAGACUGGAGGAGAGCUCGGGACAGAGCCGGAUCUUCCGUGGCUUGACGUUUUACAUCAUCAAGGGCACUGCACAGCAUUCCAAACAGGAACUCGAAACACUCGUUCACGAUCACGGCGGAGACUUCUCGCAGGCUCAGCUAGCUGACAACUCUGCGUACGUGAUCGCACCAGACGAUAAGGACGUCCGAGUACGAGCUCAGAAAAAGCGAGGCGUGUCGAUCAUCAAACCUGACUGGAUACUCAGGUCUAUAGAGAGAAGACGCCCUUUGGCCUUGAUUCAGGAUCUGCUCGUUUUUGCCUCUGAUGAAGCAAAGGAUGACAGAGACUACUUCAAGUCGCUGGACGAUCUCAGUGAUGAUAGACUGGUACGAGACCGCCAUGCGAAGAUCGGUUCAGAGGACAGAGACGAGAGGGUAGGAGACGAUUCCUUCGUCUCAGACAACGAAGCUUCGGGCAAGUCUCGGCAGCAAAGCCAGCUCGAAGCAGAAUGGGGCUUGGAAGACGACGACGAUCAGUCUGUGCGGAGCCGGCACAUGUUUAGGGCGGCUCCAAGUGAAAGCGCUUCGCCGGCGUCUAGUCGAUCACCUUCGCCAGCUCUGGAAGGCGAUGCGGAUGGGGACGAGACUACAACUCUCUUGCCACUGCGAGAUAGCGAAGCCGUACCGCAGCACGCCUUUGGCAAUGACAGUCAAGCCAUGGAAUAUGAUGAUGAGAAGAUCUUCACACACCUCGUCUUCUACGUUGACACACCCGAGAAUGCGCGUGCCAAUGGGUUGACAGAUUCAUCUCCACGGCCAGAGGUCUCCUCCAGAUUGGAGGAGACGAAAGAUUUGAUCCUUGAGCACGGCGGCAAGGUGACUGGGAACGUGGAUGAUGUGAAGUUGUCACACAUAAUCAUGGAUGAUGACGACUCUGUGCGCUACGCUGAGAUCUCCCGGAGGACAGCGAAACCCAAACGGAAGCAUAUCGUUCUCCCUUCAUGGGUCCACGAAUGUCUUGAUGAGGAGACUCUGAUGAAUGAGGACGGUCAUAAGCCGCGAUGAGACUCUGCUUUACCCUGUGUCAAACGAAUCAUUCGUCUUUGUUGUCUGUAGCAUAUAAUGUACAUUUGGUCA